UGUAUGUAUGUAUAGUUUUCAUAACGAUUCAUAAUUUUUUCGAUAUCUUUUGCGAGACAUGGUAAAUUUGUGUGAUUUUGUAUGUGUCAGAUGGAGUUCCGUAGUACGAAACAAUUAUUUAAUAAAUUCUUUCUAUAGAAGACAAGUUUAUGUUUACGGAUUCCUGUAUAUUUAUAAAUACCUACAUAAUUAUGCACUUUAUCUUUCGCAAAACUAACCUAACCUCAUUGGUAUUUUAUUAAUCAAACAGUUUGUUUAUUCAAUAAUUUUUAUUUUUAAAUAGUAUUUAAUAAAUUACAUAAAUUUAUUAAUCAUUGAAGAUAAUAUUUUCAAAUUGAUAAAUGUGUUUUUGAAUUAAACAUUUAUUUUGAUGAUCAACAAACUAUAUGCUAGAUACUUGAAAAACCAUAAUUUAAAUCAACUGAAUACUACAUUCUAUGAUGCAACAGCUGUUUUCUAUCCAAUUUUUUAAUCUUGUGUAAUUUUUUAUUUUAUAUUAUGGAUUUGGAAGCUUCUGAUAAUGAACAAUUUAUUACAUUCGCUGUUACAAGGGUGCAUGAUACAAUGCAGCAAAAUAUCGCAUCAAAUGAGGAAAUCCAUGAGUCUAUAGAGGAUUGUGUUUUGCAAGAUGAACUAACAGAAAUUUGUGUAAACAAUGUUGAUGAUGAUAUUUCGGAAGGGCAAGUAACAGUCGAAAUUUUAGCGGAACGAUCUGAUGAAGAUGGAGAAAAUUCCGUAGCUUAUCCGAUUUAUAUAAAAGAAGAAGAACAACAACAAUACACUUCUGGCGAUGAUGAAUCCAUGGCUGUGGAAGCUUUACGUCAAUUAGGAGGAAUGUAUCCUUGUUUUGAGGAUAAAAAGAUAAGUUGUUCAACAUGUACAUAUUUUUUCUCUCAAUCAGAAAUAAGCAAACAUCAAGAAUCAUGUAGGCUUUCAGCUAAAAAAUUUAAUUGUUCAACUUGUGGAGAAAAAUUUGAACGAAAAAUUGAUCUCAAUAAUCAUAUUGUAUGCCACCAAGUUGAUAGACCUCAUGCUUGUAGGAUAUGUGGUAAUUUAUUUCGCUCUAAAAUUAAUCUUCAAACUCACAUGUCUCAAGCACAUCGCAUGGAGAAACCUCAUAAAUGUACAGUAUGCAGUGCGGAUUUUCAGAGAUCGUCGAGUUUAUCUAAUCAUAUGAAAAUACAUACCUACAUUGCUGGACGAGCUAUUAGUCAAAAUUCAGAAAGUAACACUUCUCAAAUAGCAGAUUCUUUUAAAAAAUGGCCUGAAGUAAAUACGUCAGAGUCUCAAAAUAUGUCUUCAUCUUCGUCUUCUUCAGUUUCAACUAUUCAAAGUUAUGAUAUCACUUCAGUUCAAUGGCCGGCUUCUUACACACUUCAGAAUGAUCAAACAAACGUAACUUUGGUGAAUAGUUCUGAUAAAAUAAAUUCUAGUUUACCAGAAUUCACUGUGAUGUUAAAUGGAGAAGUUGCUUCAUUUGAUUAUGCACAAAUUUCAUCUAAUCAAAUACCACAACAAUAUAAUCUAAAUAUGAACUCUUUUGAAAAUCCCAAUUCUCUAGUCAAAAUUGAAACUCUUUCUUCUGCUGAAGAAAAUCAAAUAAACUUUGUCAAUACUGAAACAAAAGAUACUAAAUCUUACACAUGUAAACAAUGUGGCGUGAAUUUCUCUCAAGCUACAGCUUUGAAAGUUCAUGAAAAAAUUCAUGCUCCAAAGACGUGGAUUAUGCCGAUUGAGUGUGAAUAUUGUGAUAAACAGUUUCAAGAUUCAAAUCAUUUGGCAUCGCAUCAAACUACUUGUGCAAAAAAAUUAAUGCAAAAUAACUCUGAUCAAGGAGCUCUUAAUAAUAAAUGGGGUAAACAUGUUUGUUCUGAAUGUGGUAAAAAAUUUACAACGAAACAAAAAAUGUUUAGACAUCAAUGGAUUCAUCGAAAAAAAACACACUCAUGUGAAGUCUGUGGUACACAAUUUGAGAAACAAAUCCAAUUAGACGGACAUCGGCUUGCAGCUCAUCCUGGAGACUCACCCUUUACAUGCAAUGAGUGUGGCAAAAGUUUUGUAUCUAGACAAGGUUUAUGGGAGCAUGGAAGAACUCACGCAGGUAGUCCAGCACAUUUUCACUGUGAUACUUGUUCCAAAACAUUCUCUUCUAGACAAGGUUAUCUUAUUCAUCAUCGAACUCAUACUGGAGAACGGCCAUAUGGAUGCAAAUUUUGUUGGAAAGCUUUUAGAGAUGGUGGAACAUUGAGAAAACAUGAAAGAAUUCAUACUGGUGAACGUCCACAUGUUUGUCCACUCUGUUCUCGUGCUUUUAAUCAGAAAGUCGUACUUAGAGAACAUGUAAGAUGGGUUCACGCAGCUAGUAAAAAUGAAUCAGAAACUACAGGACCCCCGUUUCCAUGUCCACUGUGUGGAACGCUGAACCAAGACAGGGAUGAAUUAUGUGCGCAUAUUGUCAAACACUCUGAUAAGAUGAUCGCUGAAGCGAAAGCGAAAAUUAAUAGCAAUGGAUCUAAAGCUAAACCUGUUAAAAAAAAAGAAAAGACUGAGUCAAUUCAAGUUAAACAAGGAAAGCUUAAUGCCCAAGAUGAUCAAACUGAUACUUUAAUAUCAAUUGUAGAAGGAGAAAAGGGUGUUAAAGGUCACAUAAUUAAUACAAAACAAGGAGACACUUUAUUAUUAGUAACUUCUGAUAAAGAUUUAAUGUCUGAUGUCAACGGAGAACAUAAUGGUAUUAAUGAUACUCGAUUUCAUAAGACAGAAUCUCUUAAUUUAAUAGCUGUUGAAAAGAAAGAUAAUACUACUUUCCUUGUUCCUGCUGAACAAGAAACUAUUAUUCAUUCGAUUACAAAUAAACAUUCAGAUUUAGGUACUCUGUUCAUUCCGUCCACAAAAAAUAGUGAGACUUUUCAUUUAAUUUCAAAUCAUAAGCAAGACAAUACAAUACAUCUUCUUACUAAACAAAAUGAAUCUUUACCGAUUUUAACAAUUCCUAAUUCGAAUAAUUUUAAUUUUUCAAGUGAAAAUAAUACAGAAAUACAAAUAGACAUUUCUGAUACUGAUUCUUUACGACAGAAUUUAGUUUUAGAUCAAGCGAACUCAUCUUCUCCGCUAAUUGGUCACUAUGAACAGCAAGAUAGUGAUAAUGAUGAUGAUGAACUUAUAUGUGGAAUUUGUGGAGACGAAUUUGGUGAUAAAAAUAUUCUCAUGGAGCACGUUAAAGUUCACAUAUAGUUGUAAUUUCCUUAUUAUGUGUAAAAAAAUUUGAUAAUAAGUAAAACUAUACUUUAAGAGCAUUUUGAAAUUGAAUUUCAAUAUGUAUCCGUAUAUAAAUGUGCAUGAAUAUAUAAAUAAUAUUAUUAAUCACAUAGUAAGAACUGGAGUUUGAUUCUCGAAUAUCAGAUUUAACAUGUUACUCUUGAAAAACAAACGUGUGUAAAUGCAAAGUUCAUAAAUUAUCAAUAUUUUAUGUAACAAAUUGUAAAUAAAGUUUAUAUGUUAAAUAUUAAUAUUAAA